GGCCCGGCCACCAACCCCGGCACUCCGGCAGCGUAGCGAGCAGACGCGGCCGUCAUCGUCAACCCUUUGCCACCCUACGCGUAAAUGGCCCAGUCUGCAAAUCUCUGCUCUAUAAAGAGCCAUGCUUUGCUUGCCACCCCAGUGCCCGCAGCAGCAAGCUCCAUCCAAGCUCAAUCACCCUCCGCAUCUGGCAUUGUAAAAGCUCAACAAGACAGCGGCCACAUUCUUGCACCCUAGCCUGCAGAGGUCGAUCCACAUGGCAAUGGCCAAAUCCAUCCUCGCCGUCGUGGCCGUGGCCGCCGCUCUGGUGGUGCAGCUCGCCGCCGCGGCGGACCACCCGGUGGGAGGCAACGGCGCGUGGGACGCCAGCGGCACCAGCUACAACGCCUGGUCCGCCAACCAGAAGUUCGUCCAGGGCGACACUAUAGCGUUCAAGUACGCGGCGUCCCACGACGUCACGGAGGUGACCAAGUCCGGCUACGACGCCUGCUCCGGCGCCAACGCCGUCAAGUCAUACACCGGCGGCGCCACCACCGUCAAGCUCGCCGCCCCGGGCAAGCGCUACUUCAUCUGCAGCGUCCCCGGCCACUGCGCCGCCGGCAUGAAGAUCGAGGUCACCGUCGCCGCCGCCGCGGUCACCGCGCCCGCGCCGGCCAAGAGCAAGCCCCGGCACCAGAGGAGCGUCGCCCCGACCCCGGCACCUGCAAUGGCGCCGGAGCCUUCUUCCGUGCCGUCCACCGACGGGCUGCCCACCGUCUCGACGCCCACGGCGGCGCCGGCCCCGAAGUCGUCCGGCGCGGCCACCAUUGGCGUGCUCGGAGCCAAGGCUUCCGUGGCUCUCGCCGUCGGGAUGGCAUUGGCCUUGGUAAUCUGAGAGACCUGGACAUGUGCGUGAUUUUUGAAGAUGACGAAUUAAUUAGUUAUUCUCUGGCGAUUGAGAAACUAUUUCUUUUAGAUUUUUCUCUUUCUUUUCCUUGCCUUGAGCUCCCAUGAGAAGUAUUCGAGUGUCGCUACUCUGAAUUCUGAUUAGCAAAGUGUGUAUUCGUUGUAAUUGUUGAUCCAAUAAAGCUACCUCAUUCUUUGAAAGCGGUUUCA